AUGAGAGUGCAAGAUAUUCAGGAAACCAUUUGGUUAGAAAAGGGUAUAAGGGUGAGCAAAGACAAGGCUGCCAGGGCUAGGAGAAGGGGUCAAGCACUCAUUGUUGGUGAAUACAAAGAGCAGUAUGCAUUACUCCCAAGGUAUGCAGCUGAGAUACUAAGAAGCAAUCCAGGGAACACAGUGAAGUUGAAGUUGGAUGCAAAUGUGUUUGACAGACUGUAUUUGUGUUUUGAGGCACUUAGGAAAGGGUUCUUGGCAGGAUGCAGACCUUUCAUAUCACUUGAUGGAUGUUUCUUAAAGGGACCAUUUGGGGGUCAAUUGUUAGUAGCAGUAGGGAGGGAUGGAAACAAUCAAAUGUUCCCUUUGGCUUGGGCUGUUUGUGAGGUUGAGAGCACUGACACAUGGAGUUGGUUUCUAGAACUUCUAGCUACUGAUUUAGGCACUAGUGAAGGAGCAGGGUACACUUUCAUGUCUGACCAACAAAAGGGUUUACUUGCUGCUGUGUCAAAUGUGUUUCCACAAGCUGAAAGUAGGGUGUGUGCAAGGCAUGUGUACUGUAACUUUAGGGGAGUGUUUGGAGGUGGUUUAGAGUACAGAAAACAAUUUUGGACUAUUGCAAAAAGCAACACAGUAAAUCACUUCAAUGAAAACAUUGAAGUAAUGAGGGGUAUUUGA